AUGCCGAUUUGCAAAUAUUUCCUGCAGGGCCGCUGUCGUUACGGCCAUAACUGUUUGAAUGAACAUCCGAAGGGAGGAGAAGGAGGAGGAGGGGAAGUCAUUAAGAUGGACAUGGAGAUCUGGGAGAACUCGCACCAGUGGUGGCUCUCGUGUUAUUCUAACUCCAAAGCACCUUUAUCUGGUUUCACUGAUUUCUCUCAAGAAGAGCUCAGGUGGGAGUAUUACUCUCGAAGAGCUUUGGGGGAUCUGCAGAGCUACGCUACUAAGAAAGUCAAGACAGUGCUUCAAUAG